GGGAUGUCGGGAUAAAAUCUUAGCUGUGGCGGAGAGCAAAGGUUUUGGAGAGAGCAGGAGGGAGGGGACACAGGAGUGAAAGUGUAUCCGAGAGCGAGCAUGACCGACGCCGAGGCGCAGAGCGCUCCACCAUCGGCACCGGUGGAAGAGAAGCCCCAGCCGGAGAGGAAAGUCAUAGCCACUUUGGUCCAAGGCACAGUGAAAUGGUUCAAUGUGCGAAAUGGAUAUGGCUUCAUAAACAGGAAUGACACCAAAGAGGAUGUGUUUGUGCAUCAGACGGCUAUCAAAAAGAACAAUCCUAGGAAAUUCCUCCGCAGUGUGGGAGAUGGGGAGGUUGUGGAGUUUGACGUGAUUGAAGCAGCAAAGGGUUCAGAAGCAGCCAAUGUGACUGGCCCAGGCGGCGUUCCGGUCAAAGGCAGCCGCUAUGCACCCAACAAACGCCGCUUCCGCCGACGAUUCUACCCCCGCAGCCCUCGGCCGGGCAACCAGGGUCAACCAGGUGAUGGUGAGGGGUCCGCGGCUGAGAAUGACGCAGUGGCGGAGAAUGGGGCUGCGAGGCUCGAACAGCGGCGCCGCAGGCCCCGCCGACCACGGCAGGAGGGGGAGGCAGGAGAGCAGAAGGAGGAGGCAGAAGAGGGCGACCAGCAGAGGGCGCCCCGCCGCAGAUUCCGGCGCCCAUUCCGCAGGCCAUUCCGUCCCCGUCCCUCUGCCGAGCAGCCUGCAGAGGGCCAGCAGGCAGCUGCUCCAGGGGAGGCCCCAGCACAGGGGGAGGGCAAGCAGCCGGAUGCCUCUGGAGACCAGCAGAGCAAUGGAGUAGCAGCUGAGGGCCAAGGACAGAAACCACGCCGCCAGUUUAGUCGCCGCAGGCAAAGAAACUCUGAGUCGUCUGUGUCUAAAAACGGUACAGAGAAGUCGACAUCAGAGCCCAGCACCCCGCCUCAGACCUCAAAGCCAGCCGACCUCAAAGCCGCGUCGAAGUCACCGAAGGGCUCCCCCAAAGUGUCUCCUAAAACACCAAAAUCACCAGAGCAGGCACCUGCCACAACAGCUCCAGCUCCAAAAGAGUGACACUAGUGAGAGGACAGUGUCACGUGACCCUUGGCACGAGGUCCAAGGGUUGGUAAACUGGGGGACUGGAUCUAUUUUGCAACACGUGCACUGCUUCCCCUCCCCCAUCCUCCAGCCCACCCCACCUUGCUGCUCUCCCGCCAAUAUCUGGUUUGGUUUUGCCCCGUCUAGACACUGACGUUUGGAGAGGGGGAGGUAGGGGAGCGGGACAUAAAUGUGGAAAAUGGGUGUUUAUUUAGAAAUUGAAGGUACAUCUUUAAAAGGAAAAUGAAAAGAGGGAAAAUCUGUGUGAUAGCCCAGUUUGUCCAUAACCCCCCCAAGCUAUUUUUUCUUUGACUAAGAUGGGGCACAACAACCAGUGACUAGAGGAACCGGCCUUGAUUUUGAUUUUAUUUUAAGUUUCGGAGGAGAAAACGAGCAGGUGUGUGGUGCAUUCUGGGAGUUUUAGUUCUGUUACCACCCCACUCUAAAACAUACCACCCCCAAUUUCCUCAGUUUUGAGGAUGGAUUGAUUAAAAGAAAACUUUUGUUUUACUUUUCUUAUUUUAUAUGUUUUUCUUUGGAGGGGAUUAUGUGCAAUGUUAGUAACUAAAAUGCUAAUUAAUAAAUCAUGUUUGCAAAGAUCA